AUGUUCAGAAAGGUUCGGUCUGCGUUACUAAAGUUCAGGCUUGGAAAAGUGUGCGUUAGAGCGCACAUGCCAGGUUUUGAAUGUCAAGUCCUCGCUCAAGCUCCGCCCCUAAUGGUUCGAUAAACCAAUCAGAAAGCGAGUCAACCACAGAGUGUUUUCUAGUGACGUCAUUGAACUUGGCAUUCAAAAUCUGGACAGACUAUAGCCCAUUCUGCACUAGCUUGUCACGAUUUUCAUUUCCCUCAAGCUACGGAUCCUUUCGCUUCGAUGCGCGCGGCCCUUUCCUUUGUAUGCGCCUUUAAUUUAACGGAAAUUUUGAGGAUAAAUUAAAGGCGCACGCACAGAGAAAGGUCGCGCGCAUCAAAGGGAAUGCUUAGCGCGCUAUAAAUAUAGCUGACCCACGGCUGGCUUGAACCAUCGGAGAAAGGGUCCUGAAAAAAAGACAUUCUGUGAAAAUUUCUAGCGGCCACUAUAGGGUUUUGACGUUUUAGUGGCCACUAUUGUAGUCGAAUUAGUGGCCACUUGAGGGGUUAAAAAUUAGUGGCCCGUAUAGAGGUCUAAGUGCUACUACUAGACCUCCUAGUGGCCACUUUAGGGGGCAAUGAAUCAACAUAACUGGUCCAAUCUGUUUGUUUUAAAAUAAUCAGAGUUACUGGAAGGAAUACUGAAUGAAAAACUACUAAAGUGGUCACUAAAACGGAAAAUAAUGGGCACUAUAGAGGUGGGUUUAGUGGCCACUUUAGAGUCCUCUCCAAUUAGUCCUUAGCGAGCCUCUGUAGUGGUCACUAAAAAAUUUCCCAGACAAGCCACGCCCCCUUAGUGUUCCAAGCUGGAUCGGCUAUAUACGAAGAUUCCACAACAGAUUUUUUGGUUGAUGAUUUCAAAUUAUUAUCAUUCUUAAGGCCUUCUGGUGUCAAGCCAUGCGGUCUGCUUCACCGCCAGCAAACUCUUCUUCGGCGUCGCCGCCGACAGAACGUCGAAUGUUAGAAUCCUUCUUUAUGGAGCUAUCACUUGUGCGAUGGCUUCCAUUUGUUUGGGUAAGUUCAACCAAUGAAAGCAGGGUCAUUCAAAAAAGGGCACUUCUCGGGAUUUUAUAAAGGCUUGGUCCUUUAAAAGAACCUUCUGAUUCCGGAUUCGAGCCCGAUAACUUCCCAUGAGGACUUUGAGGGAGGUUGAAGUACCUAGGAACGCUAUAGUAGUCCCUAUAGAGAAAGAAGUGCUCUUUGAAGGGGGAAAUUUAGGUGGUCCCUAUAGGUUUCGAGGGAGAAGCAGCCCCUAAAGAGGGGCAGAAAAUUCUUUUUAAAGGGUACAAUUUAGGUGGUCCCUAUAGGGUUCGACUCCUAAGCCUCUAAAGCUUAAGUGGUCCUCAUAGGGGUUAGGGAGGAACAGCUCCUUAAGGGUAGAAAGUGACCGAUGAAAGGGUAAAAUUGAAGUGGUCCCCAUAGGGUUCGAUGGUUUGACCCGUGAGCCUUUAAAGCUUGAGUGGUCCCUAUAGGGUUUGAGAAAAAACAUGCCCAAUAGAACAAAAAGGGCUCUUUAAAGGGUAAAAUUUGAGUGGUCCCUAUAGGGUUUGAGAAAGAAGCAGCCCCUAAAGAGUGACAAAAAUACCCCAUCUAAAGGAAAAUUUUAAGUGGUCCCUAUAGGGUACGAAGGUCUGACUCUUGAGUCUCUAAAGUUUGAGUGGUUCCUAUAGGGGUUAGGGAGAAAACAGGCCCAAUAGGACAACAAGUGCUCUGUAAAGCGUAAAAUUUAAGUGGUCCCUGUAUGGUUCGAUCCCUGAGCCUUUAAAGCUCAAGUGAUCUUCAUAGGGUUUUUUUUAAAUUGAUCGAUUAAACCUUCAUUUAAAAAACCCCUAUUUUUUGAGUUUUUCGCAUAAAAAUGAUCAAUCGAGAAUGAUUUGAUAUUCUCAAGAAUGGGUAAAGCGAAACGGACGUGCUCCGGAACUUUCUGUGCCGUUCUAGGGAUCACUUAAGAGUUCUGAUGAUACUAAAGUGGUCACUAGAAGUGCCCAGAAACGUCCGAGUAGAAAUGAAGAGAUUUUCAAGCGUUUCAAAAAGAAAAAACUGAAAAAAACGUCUAAAUUGAUGUUUUCUCAAUAAAUUUGGUUGAUUAUAAAUAGGCACCACAAGCCAUUUCUCGAAAAAUGUAACGCAUAAUCGAUUUAAACAAAAAUUCAAAAUUCAGAUGUGGAACGCAUGUAGUUUUGUGAAACGGGUUCUUUUUGUAAACUGUAUUAGCUUUUGUGGCAGUUUUCUUCUUUUUUGGGUUAAAUUUCAAAAAUUGCUAGACUUGAAAGUUAUCUAGUUUUGUAAAGCGAUUUUGAUUACGUAGGAAAAUAAGAAAUAUGAAUUUUUCAAAUGUUUGCUCUUUGCUCACUAACAGAGCUUCAAACCAGUUUUUCAACCGAAAAGUCGUCAAUUUUGGUGCGAUGAAGGGGCGAGGCUUUGCGCUCCCUAAUUUAAAAAAUGAUUCCAGCCUUUUCAACGGAAUCCACUCAUCUACUCCUCGUGAUGUUGAUGAUCGGAUCGGUUCAAGGGGCCGGUUGGGUUCCCGCCACGAAACUUGUUCAAAAGGUGAUUGAAAAAAUCAGGAAAUUAAUCAAUAAACCUAUGGAUUCAGUGGUACUCCGCGACGGCCUACGGCAAGGUUUUCUCGAUUUUGGGCUGUGGAAGCACUUUGGCCGGGCUUAUCCUCCCGAUUUUGAAGCCGUUCUACUGGAGAACUGUAGAAUUGAACUCUGGUUGGGUUUUGAAGCUAAAAAAAAAUCUCGAAUUCAAGCCACAAUUCGAAACUGCUCCCUUUCUCUGCGCCCUCCUUGUCUCUCACGUUGACGUGCUAUUUUCCUGUUUCUCUGACCUUUUCAGUCUUACAGGGAAAAUUUUUAGUGGCCACUAUAGAGGCUCGCCGAGGACUACUUGGAAAGGACACUAAAGUGGCCACUAAACCCACCCCUAUAGUGGCCACUAUUUUCCGUUGUAGUGGCCACUUCAGUAGUUUUUCAUCCAGUAUUCCUUCCAGUAACUCUGAUAAAUUUAAAAAAACAGAUUGGACCAGUUAUGUUGAUCCAUUGACCCAUAAAGUGGCCACUAGGAGGUCUAGUAGUAGCACUAUUUGACCCCUAAAGUGGCCACUAGGAGGUCUAGUAGUAGCACUCAGACCUCUAUAGUGGCCACUAAUUUUUAACCCCUUCAGUGGCCACUAAUUUGACUACUAUAGUGGCCACUAAAAAUUUUCCCAGUCUUUCAAGUAUUUCAACACAUGGCAAGAGCCCAAACAGAAUUUCGAAUUUAUGAAAAGUGAGAGAUAAAGAGACGCAGACAGGCAGAAAGUUUCAAGUCGUGGUGAAUGGACUAUACCAAUAAAACUUCAAUUUUGUCGGAUUCAUGUUUUGAAGCUUCUUAUAAAUCAGAUUUUCCUAUAGACCAUCCAAAAAUUAUUUUUAAAGGAGCAUAGGAACAUUUUUUUAUGAAUUUAUUGACACGAAAAACGGUUUUUGAGUCUAAUUUUAGGUACUUCAAGGCUUCUGCGCUUUUUAAAAGCUCAAAAAAACGUCUUGAACGGAAUUUAUAAAAAAAUUUUUUUCUAUUUUUGACUCAUUUCUAGUUCCUACGGUUACAGUGCGAAAAAAUUUGGAAGCCCAGGAGAAAAUUUUCAAAUUUUGAAGUUUUAGGCCUUCUCAUGAUCAUUUUCUCAUCACUGAGCUUCAUCCUACUACGAGGCGACCACACCUCGCCGCGGGAGGAAAACCGGCGCAAGUCGGGACACGAAGAAACGUCGGGCGAAAAGCUGGGAAUCGCGGAUGUCGCCAAAUCUCCCGUUAUUUGGCACAUUGCUGCAAUCUACUUCUUUUCAUUGGAGGUUGAAAACAUCCUUAAAAACGCUCAAGUGGUCCCUAUAGGGGACUAGGGGACAAAAAAGCCCCUUUAGGGGUAAAAAGGGCUUCCUAGAGGGGUAAAAUUUUAGUGCUUCCUAUAGGGAUAAUGGUCUGAUCCCUGAGCUACCAAUGCUCAAGUGAUCCCUAUAGGUGACUUUUGCCUCUUCUCGUUGGAGCUAGAAUAUAUAUUACUAACUUAGGAACGCCAGAGUGGCCCUUCUAGGGGCUCGGAAAAAAAAAAACAGCCCCUAAAGAGGGCAAGAAAGUGCUCCCUAGAGGGCUAAAACUUAGCUGGUCGCUAAAUGGUUCAAAGUCGGACCCUAAGCCUCUAAAGUUUGAGUGGUCCCUAUAGGGCUAGGGGAACAAACAAUCCCUAUAGGGGUCGAAAAAGUGCUCCCUAGAGCGGUAAAUUUAGGUGGUCUUUAUAGGGGUUAUAGUCUGAUCCUUAAGACCCUAAAGCUCAAGUGGUCCCUAGAGGGGUCUUUUAACUCUUCUCGUAGAAUAUAAUACUGGAAUAUAUUACUAAAUUAGGAACGCCAGAGUGGCCCCUCUAGGGGCUCGGAAAAAAAAAACAGCCCCUAAAGAGGGCAAGAAAGUGCUCCCUAGAGGGCUAAAAGUUAGCUAAUCGCUAAAUGGUUUAAAGUCGGAUCCCGAAGCCCCUAAAGCUUGAGUGGUCCCUAUAGGGGUCUUUUGGUUUUUUGUAGAAAUUUACUUUUGUAAGCAUUAGGGGCCUCUAGGGGAACCUUCAAAUGCUUCUAUGGGGACCACUCUGGCGUUCUUAAGAACUUGUAUAUUAUAAUUUGAAAGUUAUUAAAGUCUCAUUUUUUUAUUUUGAAGACUUGAAAGGUCUAAAAAUGGUUAAUAAUGUUUCGUUUGCGUUAAGUUUUUACGUACUUGAACAAUUUGGAUACUCAGUUUGAAGCUGCGCCCGACCUGGAGCGACUUUGCUCUUGCUAUGCUUUUGUAUUAGUAGUUUUAUGGUCCGGCGCACUGAAAUUUUGAAAUUCUUUAGAAUCCCUACGUUCUGAUUUCAAGAGUUUUCUCAGAAAACGAAAAAGAAAAAAGAUUAUUUUUUCAGAUGCGAACAAUAUGCGAAACCUGGGUACCUCUAUACUUGAACGAAGUGAAAUUGCCUUCUGAAGGGUUUCAGGUCUUUUUAUGAGUUUGGCGGGUGAGAAUUCGCUUCUUUAGCUUCUUUAUAAGCAAAAAUAACAUAUUAGAAAAAAAUAUCUUUCUUUUUUUAUAAAAAAACUUCAUUUUUGAAACUUUUUUUAUUCUGUUAUAAGCCUUCAUAGCGGUUAUCAUUUUUUUCAUUAUUUUUUUCCUAUUUUUGCAACGAAAUUAUCCUAAGAUUCACUUAAAUUUCGAUUUUUUUGGUAUUUACAAUGAAAUUUAAUCACAGCGAAGAUCAAAAUAACAAGUAUUUUUUUCUAGGUUUCUCGAAAAAAAUUUACUUUUUUUAAUCUUUUUUUCUUCUUUUAUUACUUUCCAAACAGGUUAUUUUUGAAUUCUUCGAAGAAUUUCCAUUCCAGUUGAUCCCAUUUGACUAAAACAACCAAUAAAUAUUGAUUGAUUGAUAUUGAUGAUUCCAAAUUCAACAUAUUUUCCUUCAGGCUUAUUGGAACUAUCACUUCGGGUCUUAUUGUCGAUUAUUUAUCUCCGAAAAUUGGAAUCGACGGAUCCAGAAGACUUAUCGGCGUCGUUUGCACCACUUUGAUGAUGGCUGCCACGAUUCUUAUUUUCAAAUUUGCGGUAUUAUCAAAGUUUUCAGCUUUAUUGAACUUGAAAGCUUUAAAAACGGUAUAAUUGGAUCAACUUUGAAAAUAUCGAUCUUGGGCUUCUAAAAAUUGUUUAGAUGAAAAGGGUUCAACACUUUGAACGGUAUUCUUCGUUCCAUCUUCAAAACUUCAUCAAUUUUUUUGAAAAAGUUCCUGGCAAAAACAAAUUUCCCCCAAACAGGACCGAACCUGCAUCAUAGGUUUCACAGCGCAGGUCGCUAGCCACUACACCACGCCACCUGCUGGUAGCGGACGUUUGCCGCCGCCACAUAUUCCCUCCUUAUACUCAUCGGAUCGCCAUAGGACACCGCGCUCGCAUGCUCUUAUCACGCGUCGAGCUUUGAAAAAUCAUAUCUGGGCUCCAGAAUCUUUUCGAAAAAAAUCGAAUGGUUUUUCGUGACCGGGGGAAUGACUGUAUACCCUCCAAAAAUGAGCUCAAUCAGAGACAUUAAAAUUUUUGACUUUGAGAGCCCAUAACUUUUUUCACAGGCCUCGAGGGCAGUUUUCAAGACCAGAUUUGGAAUCAGCGUGAAAAACUACAUUUAGUGAACCUAGUCUCAUCCAGAAGUCCCACUGCGAAUGGAGACCAUUCCCUAGUCAAUGCAUUUUUCGCGUACAAACUUCGAGAUGCCAUAACUCGACUACAACCAAAAAGGCGCACUUUUUUUCAACUUUAAUUGAUUCAGGGUGUCCGAAAGUACCUAUAUACCAAGUUUCAUCAAAUUCUCAACCCACCACCUUUUGCCCUCCCCGUUAAAAAUGCUUUGAGAGCGGUUUUUAGGACUUAUUGUUCAUAUAAUUUAUCAGAAAUACGCCAAUCAUACCUCCUUCCAUGAAUAUUUUUCAAUUUUCUUCAAUUUUUUUUUUUAGGUUUUCAACACAAUUUUGGGAUUCUUCAUCGGUUUCUUCAUCAACGGAUCAAUCAAUAUUUGGUGUUUGAUCGGUUCCCAAUCGGGUUAUGAGAAUAUUUCCGGGGCCUGCAGUGCUUUCAUCUCUUUUUGUGGCUAGUAGUAAGUUUCAGGGUUUUUAUUUAAAUAGAAAAAAAGAAAAAAAGAAAAAAAGAUAUAUGCGGAUUUUUAUGUGAAGGGAACGUGAAAAAUGGUUUUUUUAAAUUUUUUUAAAGGUCAAAAAGGACAGUUUUCAUAAAAAUUCAGCUAUGACCGGAAGUUCUCAGCUUUUUUUAUAUGUAUUUUUUUGAGAAAAAAACUUCAUAAAUUUCGGGCUUUUUAUAUUUUUAAAUUUCAUCCAAUUAGGCUCAAAUUUGGCAGUUUUUUUCGCAAUUUUUCUGCCCUUUUUUUCAAAAUUUUAAGUCCCUUUAUAUACUAACCCUUCUCCAGCGACAAAAAAUAAAGUAAUGAAAGCAAAAUAAAUUUGCCCGGGGUGGGAAAUCUGAGAAGACGGCACGCCAAGACAACAAAAAUUGUGGUUUUUUGAGGCGUAGGAGGAGUUUUUGGAGAGAAAAAGGGUUUCGCUAGAUCUUAAAGACCUAUAGGCAGUAAAAAACGGUGUUUAAAGCAUUACUUUGUAGAGCUUUUCAUUGCGAAUCGAACGGUGAACCUGGAAACGUACAGAAGUUCCUAGUUUUGGAGAAAAAAUAAUUUAAAAUCGGAGCCAAAAAAGCGUUUUGCAGCAAAGUUGCUCUAUGGACAACACGUAUCGCCAUUUUCCGGAUUUUAAUCUCCCUAGGCCUUUAAUUCUACAUUCUGUUCACAAAUUUACUCGAAACAAACUUUACGGUCUUUCCUAUGGAAGUAGUCGGGCUUUUUUUAUUUAAAAAAAUUGAUAAUUUUUCAUGAACAUUAUCUGAAAUAAAUUGAAAAUUCGAGUUUACGGUCCUUCUAUGGAUUUUUAGAACAUGUUGAAAAAUAUUGAAAAACUAAAAAAUGUUCAUUUUCUAACUUGAAAAUCGAAGUGGGUGCUUAAAAUUUUUCGGAUUUUACUCUCCCUAUGCCUUUAAUUCUAUAUUUUUGUUCACAAAUUUUUUUCGAAAUCGGACUUUAAACUUUACGUUCUUUCCUAUGAAAGUAAUCGGGCCAAAAAAAUUCAAAAAAAUUGAUAUUUUUUUCAUGGACAUAAUCUGAAAUAAAUUGAAAAUUCGAGUUUACGGACCUUCUACGAUUUUUUUAGAACAUGUGGGAAAAAUAUUCAAGAAACAAAAAAUAUCCUUUUUUCAACUUUGAAAUCGAAAUGAAGGCUCAAAAAAAAUUUAUUUGUCUAAAAAAACGAAAUUUUUGAAAUUUCACGAUUUCAGCCGGUUCGGUCUUCGCCGGCUCACCAUUGGCGGGUCUUAUCGCGAAAUUCGGUUACGACGUUUUCGCGGCCCUUUUCACGAUUCAAAUCAUUUUCGUCUUGUCCGUUUCCUAUUUUAGAUUCCCAUUGAGAAUGAGUCAUCAGAAAACCAAAGCACAGUGAUUUUCCCUUUCCUUGUUGCUUAUUUUCCCUUCAGGUUUGCUCACAUUUAUCAUUUUUUUAUAAUAAUAAGUGUUUUUUUGUAAUAUUUUUUUCUGUUAAAUUUGAUAAUUCAGUUAUAAUUAUUGUUCCACUCAUGAUAGGUUUGAUUGUGAUACAUUUUUCUUCAUGUUUACUCACAAAUUCAUAUUUUUUCACUUUGGAAUGGGGAGAAUUUCGCUCGAAAGGUAGUAAUUUUCAAGAAAACCUUUAAUUUUAGACAUUUUGCUUCACUUUUUCAAUUCAUAAUGCUAUCAAGUGCCUAUUUCUUUUUAGAAUAAAUGCUCUAUUUUCAAUAAAAGUUUUAUUUAAGGUUUUUUUCUGUUGAGAAGAAGUUGGAAGCUACUGUAUUUUCAUGUUCAAUUCGGUCAUUUUGCAUUGAAACUCUUGUCGAUUUAAACUAUUAAUUUUUUUUUUUUUUGAAAAAUCAAAAAGUGAUUUUUUUCAAGAAGUAUUUUCGAUAGAAUAAGAACGAUCUAUUGGAAAAUCCUGAAAAAAAUCAAAACCAUAAAACUUUAAGGAUGAUCACGAUACAAAUAAUAGGAAAAAUGUUAAAAAAAUGGCUUUACCUCAUCCUGAAAAAAUAAAAGCCGUGUUGAAAUUAAUUUUCGGGAAGUUCAAAAUUUAUCUCUGACUCUCCGAAAUUCAUAAAUAUUUUUCAACCUUUGACGGCUAUUUCGCAAAUUGAACACGACAUAUAAAAUUAUGAUAAAGAAAAAUAUAGCAUCAACACAAAAAAAAUUUGAAAAAUGAUGAAAAUUACGACACUUCCGUUUACGUUCCUUGGGGCGCAUUUCCUUCGAAAUACCUUUUUAGCAAUUUGCUUUUUUUUACCGUGUAAAAGUCCUUGCUGAUGUUUCUCAACCCAUAAACGACUUACCGUCUAUAUAUCCUCCAAAAAACGACCAAUUUCUCUUCAAACCUAAAAAUUCGUGACGUUGCAGAGCUAUGGGUCUUAAUUUUUUUCGUACCAAAAUGUAUGUUUUCUGUUUUUCUUGCUAAAUUUCGUUUUUACUCGGUUUUCAAUGGAUUAACAAUUUCAUUUUUAUCAUCUUUUUUGAAGCUUUCAGGAUGUUGGAACAUCUCGCGGGAAUGAUGACCGCGCUAACCACGCUUUUCCUCACUUUGGCAUUGCAUAAAAUUGAAGAGGGCCAUGUUGGUGUGUAUUAUAGGGUUGGUUCUAGUUUUUCUAAAAAUACAAAAUGUUAUUUUUUUAUAGAAUUCAGAUUCAAUAAAUUCAUACAGGAGCAAAUUUUUUUGAUGUUUUUAAUCGUGAAAAAAACCCAUUUUAUGAUUUAUAAUCCUGGCUUUUUUUCAAAGUUUAUUCUAAAAUUAUGAGAUCUCUAUAAGCGUUUUUUGCAUUUUCUGCUAGUUUUCAUCAUUAAUUUGUAUUUUCACCAGAUUUUCGAAACUUUUUCCAGGGCGGAGCCUUGCUGAAAGGAAUUUCGAACCCGGGGUAUCAUCUUUGCGCUCCUCUCAUAACCACUGUGAAAAGUGUACAGGUGAAAGUUCUUAUCAACUUAGUUUUAUUAGUUUAUUUUUCAAGGAAAAUAAUGAAAUAGAAAUUUUACAAUUUUUCAAGAAAAAAAUAAUAAAAUAGUAAUUUUUAUAAGUAUCGGAAAAAUCGUGAAAAAGCAAAGAAAAAAAAGAGGAUAUUUUUUUAUUGAAAGAAAUUUUUCGGACAUAAAUGCGCUCUACUGAUAAUUUGAACGAUUUAUUUAUUUUUUUCUAUAACAGAAUUUGCAUUAUUCUUGUUGAAACGAUUUUUUUGAAGUUCAGUUUUUUUCUAUCAAAAAUUUAAGUAUUAUAAAAAGUAAGGUUCAAGUUUAAGAAUUUUGAACAAAAAUACCGGUAUUAUGAUGAAAAAAAUCGUGAAUUUUUUUUUUCGAUAAAAUCAGCCAUCUCCAGUCAAACUAUUCGAUCAAAUGCGCUCUAUUGACAAUACAAUUUCAUUCUAGGUGACCCUUCAAACCGACGAAGCUCGGAAUGUUCCCUGCGGGACAAGCGGGGGCGUCAUGAUUUAUUUUGAUCGAAUCGAAGUUGUGAAUAUUUUGGCGGCUUCUAGUGGUGAGUAAUGCAUGAAAAUUCCAUUUUUAUGUUGAAAAAUGUUAUUGAAAGCUUAAUUUUCAAGAAUAUUACAAUUUCACGCGAAAUUGUCACGAUUUAAAACGAUACAGUAUACUGAGCUUCUAUGCGCGUUUUCGCUUCAAGACCUGCUCUUUUUGCGCUUUCGCUUCGAGACCUGUUUUUUGAAGGUAUACGGUAUUUUAGUCAGGAAAAAACUUUUUCAUUACAUAUUUUCCAUCUUAAUGAAGUUUCUUCUAGAUAUUUUGAUGUUUCAAAUGAAUAAUUGAAUUCUUUUGGUGAAGGUCAGAAAAUUGAUUAGAUUCCGUUUUUUCUCCAAAAUCUCAACUUUGUAUUUUAAUAACCUCAUUCUUACUCUUUUUUUCCGGUUUUUUCAAUUUCCUGAAACUUUUCCGAUGAUUUUUAUAGUUAUAUCGUCUUUAGACAGCUUCAUUUCUCAGAUUCUUGGGUUAUAUUUUUACCAGAAAAACUUCAAAAAUAAUUUUUUUCAGUCUACGACAUCGUCAAAAAAACUACACGGUGGACUAUGAUAAGCCUCUGAUUUUUAAUAAGGUUUUUUUUCUCGAAAAAUCUGUAUUUUGCGAACAUUUUUAGGUCCAUCACGAGGUAAAUCAGUUCUGCAGCAGCCACAGCCUUCAGGAAGUCUACAUUGAUUUAUUUGGUAAUCAGAAAUGAAAAAAGAAGUUUUCUAGUCGCUUUUCCAAGCUUUCUGACAUUUCCUCGCUCAUUUUUUGAUUGAUGACCGUGGAAAUAUUCAUCAUUUUCCAAGCUUGUCAGGGUUUUUUGCAGACUAAAUGUCGGAAAAUGACUGAAUUUUUGAAUUUUUCAUGAGACUAUUAACCAAAUUUAUUAGUAGAAAGUAAAUGGAAAGAAGUUUGUAAUUUUCGAAUCAAAUUUCUUUUUUUAAAAUUAAAUUGUUCAGCGAUGAUAUCAUAACGUUGAAAUAUUCAUUUCGUGGUUUAUUAUUUGAAUUUGAAACGUAGGUUUAUAGAGAAUAUCAUUUUUUUCCACUUUUUAAAAAAACGUGACUUCCAAGGAAAAAGGUCUUUUUCAGCGUGAAUUUUUAAAAAAAGAAGGUCCAGAACAAAAAUUCCUUAUAGUUGCUCUACGCACAAAAAUUUUUUUAGUUUUUAAAGAAAAUAUUUUUCAGAAAUAUGGAUUUUUAGGCCUGAAUUUGAAGUGAACAUUUUUGAAAAAUUUAAAUGUUCAAUUCAAAAUUUUCAAAGGAUAUAUUGAUUUUUCUGAGAUCUUGUAUGCUCCAAAAAUUAAUUUUGACGUUGAAAAUAAUUUUUUUAUUUUUCAAAUCUUGAAUUUUAACCCUAAAUUUCUCGAACCAAGCUGUCAGAAAAAAAUUUCAUUUUUACGAAAAAAAUUGAACUUUAACUCAAACUAUAUGAAACCGAGCUUCAAAAUAUUGAAAAAGAGUCAAAAUUGGAAAAUAUUAAGCGAUUGAAAGUUCAAUUUUGACCACUAUAAGCAAUUUCUUCUGUACCCUUCAAAUUAAAUUUCCCAAAAAUCCAAACUAUGCACUAAAGUUCUCACAAGGGAGGUCAUUUCCCGGUUGGGAUUUUCAUGAAAACUGGCCAAAACAUUCUUUGAUGUACCAGAAAAUGAUCCUGAAAGUUUCAACCUGUAAAACUUCCUAGUUUUUGAGAAAUGAGACUUUAAAUCUUCAAAAAGGCCUUGUUUUACAGAUUUUUAGCGUUUUCUUUGACUUGGAGACCUGUUUUUUCGAAAUUUGUGUUGGAUGAGACCUACCGGACAUCAAGAAGUGUUUUGGCCAAUUUUCUGGAAAUUCCCAACCUCCCUUGUUAGGAAUUUCAUCAACUCCUGGCAUCUGAAACAAGAAAAAUUCGCUAAAAACUCGAUUUUCUUGUUGGAAAUGAAGAUUUUACCUUUUGAGCUUUGUCGGACCUUUGAAAAUUUUUUUGAUUGCUCAGAUAUUUUCCUUUAGCUUCAAGAUCUGGACUUUUCCAGACCGAAUUGACGAAGAUCUCAAAAGAGCCCUCCAAGAAGAUCUGACAGUAAUGGCCCCGGGGCUGUAUGUCCAGGCGGUCCGUGUCACAAAACCCAAGAUUCCCGAGGCCAUCCGACAUAAUUAUGAACAGAUGGAGGCUGAGAAGGUAGGAAAGAACUUUCUACAGGAAAAUUCUGAUUGGAUCUAUGAUUUUUUUGAGUCAUAUGACAGAAAAGGAACAAUGAAAAUGACAUGGUUCUAGCAGAAAUACCUAGAUUAUCCGUGGGGCGCACAUUCGCCUGGCCAAGCUUGUUUCAUUUAAUUUUCUUGUAGCUUUUUUUUAAUUGAAAAUGUUGUUUUGCCAGAUAUUUUUUUAUUCUGAAGGGAGUUUAGCAAACAAAAAAAGAUGGUUAAUCUGAAGAUUUAUAUGAAGUUUUCAGAAAAUCUACAGUUCGAGUGCCUCAUUAAGAUUAUAUUUUUCUUGAGAGAAUUCACUGGUAUGAUGCGACCGACUAUUAACUACUUGCGCGCGGUGACAUUUUGUAGCCUGUCGCUUGAAGAUUGGAAAAAAAAAGAUUGGCCAAGAUGUGGUACAGUUGUUGAACAGCUACCGAAUUUUGAGAACAAUUUUCAACGCCGAACCGCACCGCAACCGCAACGCUUACAUUUCAAGUCAUGAAAAAUCUAGAAUACAGCUCAAUCAUAUCCUACUUUAUAAGGUCUGACCUUCAUUUCCAUCCACAUCUAGAGCAGCUCAUUUGGAUUAAUUCCUUCAUUUUUAUAUUUUGGUUUCACGCGUCGCGGUCGCGAAGCGGUUCUUGAGAGAAAUCACUGGUAUAAUGCGACCGACUAUGAACUACUUGCGCGCGGUGGCAUUUUGUAGCCUGUCGCGUGAAGAUUGGAAAAAAAUGACUGGCCAAGAUCAGGUGCAGCUGUUGAACAACUACCGACUUUUGAGAACCAUUUUUAACCCCGGACCGCAGCGCAACCGCAACGCUCCCCUUUCAAGUCAGGAAAAAUCUACUUCAGCUCAAUUAUAUCCUACUUUAAAAGGUCCGACCUUCAUGUCCAUCCACAGCUCGAGCAGCUCGAGCAGCUCAUUUGGAUUAAUUCCUUCUCUCGCAUUCAUUUGCUCGGUUUUACGGCGUCGCGACACGAGAAUCUUCCUCGUGUUGAUUUGUUGAUGAGAGUGAGAUUUGCACUGGUCGAUGAGCUGUUCUCUCUUUUUUUCCCCGUUUGACUUGGAAAUUAUUACUUUCCGGGUUAUUCAAUGGAGUAUGACUUGCAAGAGAAUGUUGGGGUCGAAAAAUAAUUUUUUUUUUGAUUUUGAGGUGUCCUUGCUAGAAAGUUGUGCAGAUUGAGGCCUUCUGGUACGUAGGAAAAUAUCUUGGUCGAUUUUUAGAAAAUUCGUGAAGGGAUAUGAACUUUGUUAGAUCAAUAUUUGGACUUCAUUUCGAGGCUUUUCUAUUUUUUUUCACUCAAAAUGGCCGCACUUGGAACGGCUUAAGCGUCGCGGUUUAGUUCUUUACGAUUCUCUAACGCGUAAGUCGUUUUGGGUCGGUCGCACCUCAAUCCAAGCACUCAUGAGCCUCCAAGAUCACCCGUUACAUCAAAAAAAAUUUUUCUUCGUUUUUUCAGAGACUGAAGUCGAAGUUUAUUAGUCAUUUCUGAUGCUAGGAAUUUUUUAAAGUCACGUUUUUUCCACAGAGACGAAAAGAAUAAUUAGAAAAAUAAGGACCAUUUUAUCAAUUUUUCGCCUUGAAAAAAAUAAAUUGAAUCAUUUUUUUCAUUCAAAUAUCUCAAUUCUAGACUUUUUCCUUAGAAAAAUGAAGUCCAGCUUUAUAAAUUUUUGAAGAUCGUUAGAUUUUUUUCCAACCGGGACUUUGGUAGAUGGAAGAAGGCCGCUAAAUAAAUAUCUAGGCUGAAAAUUUCAGUCCUUAGUUGAAGACAUACAUGGAUAUUUAUCACUUUUGUACCACCCCCCUUCCUCUAAGGGGGAUUUUGGAUUUUUAAGCAGCUGAAAACGUCUUCAUACUAUUUAUUCUCAGAAGUACGUGUUCUUCUAUGUUCCGAAAAAAAUGAAAACCUAUUUCCGGACCGACGAUCAAGGAAGUUUGAGGAAACCCCCACUUGAAGCCUAAUGGGAACACAUCUCCUAGCCAUCUCUCACCCUUUGAGUUGUUUUGACGAACACCCAAACUCGUGUUCCGGAAUAAUGAAUAGAGAAUAUAAAGAUUACAGACCAAACUUCUCGUCGCCACACAACAUCAAAAGGUCGUCGAGAAGGAGGCGGAAACUGAGCGCAAGAAGGCGGUGAUUGGUCCGUAUUGCUCAUGUUAGAAGGAUUAUUGGGAGGAUAGGAGAGGAAUCUGUUUCAGGAAAAGUAUAAGUCUCAAUAUUUAUGACCUCUUUCGGUGCCUUGGGAGGAACUUCUAAAACUAGGGAUUUUACAUCAAAGUGCGCUCCAAUGAUAAAAAACUUUAAUUUUAAAAAUGUUUUCACAUUGAUCUCGUAACAGUGCAAAAAAAGUGACAAGGAGAAAAUAAUCAAAAGGUGAUUUUGAUAAAUAGUUAAUAAAGUUUUUCCAGGACAGGUUUAAUUUCGAUAGGAAUAACUUCCGAUUUUUCCCCCUAAGAAGCUCAAAAAAGGCUUUUUUUUUUUUACAUGAAAGUGUGCUCUAAUGAUAAUAAGGGUUGAAAUCAGAGAAAUGGCUUUCAAAAUUUUCUGAAAACUAUGGUCGCAUUUGGAAUGGCUCAAAGCGUCGCGGCUUUUUCUAACGAUCCCUUAUGCGUUUUUGCGGAAGUCGUAUUGGGUCGGGCGCGUCUGAAAGCGUCUUUGAUCCAUUCCCUGUGCGGCCACGGCAAUCCUAAUUUAUGCUAUUGAAGCUUGGUCGAAUUAAUCGUGCGCGAUUUACGGGAAGACAUUGAAAAUUAUCAUUGGAGCGCACUUGACUUCUGUGAAAAGCUCUGUAAAGAUUCUUCAAUUUUUUACUGUUUCUUGGGACUUACAUAUGAGAGACACGGGUCAAAUCAAUAAUGAUGACUUUUCUUGACUUUUUUAAAUAAAUUUGUCUGGUUUUUGUACCAUCUCAAAAGCCAAGGCUAUCAUGAGCAAUGCUGAGAAAAACGAAGAAACAUUUCCAGAAGCCGAAAAAAUCGCCCAAGUUGCCACAAUCCAUCAGAGGCAGUUGAUCAGCGAAAAAGAGACCCAGAAGCAAAUGAGCCAACUCGAAGAUGAAAGUCAUUUAGGUGACGUCAUAAUCAGAAUAAAAUGACGUCAUUUAGAAGAUUUUCAGCUUCUGAAAAAGCCAAGGCCGACGCUGAGUUCUACAGAGCGCAGAAGCUCGCCGAAUCGAAUAAGUUGCUGUUGACGGGGUUGGUUUUUUUUUUCCGAGUCGCUUGGCUGUGCGCCCGACCAAAAACGACUUUCGCGGCUCUACCUAAUUUUAGGGCUGUUUCUCCUUCAUCUGCGCGUUUUUUGAUAAAUAUCAAAAAUGAACCAGAAAAAUUCAUUUUUUCAUCGAAAAAACCCAAAUUUAUCCUUGGAGCGCAGCUGAGUGCCGAAAAAAGCCGAAUUCAUAUCGCAGGUCAAAAUGAAUUUCAAACCAUUAUAAAAAAAUGUCUCAUUUUCUGAAAAUUAAUAAUAAUUGUUUCCCCUCAAGAUCUCCAUGAAUUUUAGAUUAUUAUCAUGUAAAACUUUCCAAUUUCUUCCACGAUUUGAAAAAAAAAGGAACAAAUUCAUUGCGAGCACGAAAUCAUCAUUUUCCGCCAUUUUUUGUGUUCUCUCCGUCAUUUAAUAGGUGAUUAAUGUGUCGUAGUUUGUUAUUUUAUGCUGGGAAGAGGAAAUUCCCCGCCUGAAUAUAUCAAUAUGAGCAACGCUUCCGAAUUUAAUGAGGUUCUGGAGAAAGACGGGGAAGUUUCCAAGCCUUUUUCCGGUUUUUAUGAGUUUUUCCUUCAAAAAAGCGGUUCCUGGAAAAAAAGUUAUAUCGUAGAACUGAUAUUAUUGAAAGUGCAGAAAAUCCAAGUUUUUGAAAAAAAAAGCUGUUUUUAGUUGGGAAAGUUAGGGCCAUUGAUAAUUUUUUUGAAAAAAAUUUUGAUUUCUCUCAUUUUUUUCACUUAGAAUCAUUGAUUUCUCUCAUUUUUUUCACUUAGAAUCAUCACGUGGAAAAACAUGAUUUUUCAAAUUUUUUUCAAGUGCGCUCCAAUGAGAAUUUAGAGGUUUCGAAAACAAUAAGAGAAAAAUAAAAAAGUUGAAGAAAUUUUCGGAAAUUGAGCUUUUUACCUGGAAGCUGUAGCCUUUUUAAUACGAAAAGUUAGCUCUAAUAAUGAUUUCUCAGGAAAAAUUGGUUUUUCUGAUUUUUCCCUUUAAAUAAACUUGAAAUUAACCUGGAAGCCCAUUCGAAAAAAAAAAUGAGCUUGAAAAAAUUCAAGUGCGCUCCAAUGAGAAUUUAAGGUUUCCAGAUUAUUUUUCAAGAAUUGUUUGGCUUAGGAAGUGGCCUGUGGCUUUUAAUUGAGAGGAAAAAUGUGCUCCAUUUAUAAAAUAGGUUUUUUUAGAGCAUUUUUUUCGAGUUUGAAUGAUUUUUCAGCGAUUUUUUGAAAUUAGUAUUUUUUUGCAGUUAAAAAGUAUACCUCUAGCGGAAAAAAAUGGCCAAGGAAAGUUGGAAAUAGUUUUUUUAGUUGGAAAAAAAUUAUUUAGAUUCAUAAACAGCGCCUUUUUAUUUCUAAGUAAGCACUAGAGAGGUUUUGUAACCACUUAAGGGAUCACUUAUUGGUUGGAAAAAAAUUAACUUUGUGUUUCAUUUUUCUUGCUUAAAGCACGAUUCAGUAUUGAUGGCUGUUUCUUAAUAAGAAAAUGCGCCCCAUUGCUAAAAGUGUCUUUUUCCAGGGAAUUCCUCGAAUUGAAGCGAAUCGAAGCGAUCUCCCAGAACAAUAAGAUCUACUACGGUAGCGACAUCCCGAACGCAUUUAUUCAUCCUUCAGUCGACAUUAAAGCUAAUUAA